AUGGGGGGUGUAUGGCAUGGGGUGUAUGGCAUGGGGUGUAUGGCAUGGGGUGCAUGGCAUGGGGUGCAUGGCAAGGGGUGUAUGGCAAGGGGCGUACUGCGUGAAAUCCAAUUGAAUGUGCACCCUGGUUUCCUCCUCGACUCUGCUCGCUAUACUCCACCUACCCCCCUCGUCCCUGCUCACCCCUCUCUCCACUCCACCUCACACUGCACACUCCCCUCUCGCACCUGUCUUCACUCUUCUCUGCCCCCUCUGCCCCCCUCUGCCCCCCUCUGCCCCCCUCUGCCCCCUCUGCCCCCCUCUGCCCCCUCUGCCCCCUCUGCCCCCUCUGCCCCCCUCUGCCCCCCUCUGCCCCCCUCUGCCCCCCUCUGCCCCCUCUGCCCCCUCUGCCCCCUCUGCCCCCUCUGCCCCCCUCUGCCCCCCUCUGCCCCCUCUGCCCCCCUCUGCCCCCCUCUGCCCCCCUCUGCCCCCUCUGCCCCCUCUGCCCCCUCUGCCCCCUCUGCCCCCCUCUGCCCCCCUCUGCCCCCUCUGCCCCCCCUUCUCCCUCUCAUCUACCCCUCUGCCCCCUCUGCCCCCUCUGCCCCCCUCUGCCCCCUCUGCUCCCUCUGCCCCCUUUGCCCCCCUCUGCCCCCCUCUGCCCCCUCUGCCCCCUUUGCCCCCCUCUGGCCCCCUCUGUCCACCUCUUUCCCGUCAUCCCACACCCCUUCUGUCGUCCCGUGUCCCCGUCGAUUACUUCUCUUUUCCUCCUCCAGGGGCCUCAGAUCUCCAAUGCAGACUACUUCACCCACAAAACAACCCCGAGUUUCCACCGAGCUGCACUACUCCAGACGCCUCUUCUUCUCCUCAAAACAGCCCUCACACCCUCUUUCCCUCGUUCCCGCACCCCUUCUGUCCACUUCUGUCCCUCUCUGUCCUCUUCCCCUCUCUGUCCUCUUCCCCUCUCUGUCCUCUUCCCCUCUCUUCUUCCACUCCCUGUCCUCUUCCCUUCUCCUCCAGGUGCUCCAAAUCUCCGACACAGACUAUUUCGCACGCAACCCCGAGUUCUCCACGUGGCUGCUGCAAGCCAAGCGCCUCUUCUUCUCCUCGCUCACCUCAGAGCAGACCCACGACCUCUUCUCCCUCUUUGUGCGCACGUGGAACGCCGGGAAGCUCCCCCCCAACUACUAUGACGGCUCAAUCACUGCUGCUGCUGCUCCUCGCUCCAACCACGACUGGGGGCUUGGAGGACGGGCAGGGGGAGCAGGGGGAAUGGGGGGAGCGGGGGGAGCAGGCGCGGGGGGAGAGGGGGGAGCUGGGGGGUCAGGGGGGGCGGGGGGAGUGGGGGUGUGUGGAAUGGUUCCCUGGGGCGCUGGGGGAGCUAGUGGGGGGAGAGGAGGGCGAGGAGGGUUGGAAGGGGAGGAUGAGGAGGAGAGCAGGGCGGAGAGGAAAGCGAGGGAGAGGAUGGAGAGGAAGCGGGAAAGGGAGCGGCAGGCGAUGCGACUUGAGGAGGUGGUUCCGAGGGAGACGGGGCGCGAGGCGGUGAUUGCUGAAAGAAUGGCGCGACGCAGAGAGAGUGCGAGGGAGAGGGAGCAGAGUCCUGAGAUGGGGAUGAGGGAGAAGGAUGUUAUGGGCGGGGGGGAUGACUUCCAAGCCAGGCUGGCCCGGGAGAAGGCGCGCAGGGAGCAGCGGGCAGCGGCCAAGGAAGGCGGGUUGAGGGAGAGAGUGGCGAGCUAUGAGGCGAGCGAGCGGGGCAAGAUGGAGCAGCUGAAGGCCAUGAUUGCCAUGGCUGGCGGGCGCAUCACCAUUGCCAAGAGGGCAGACCCUGCUGCUCCUCCUUAG